ACUCCUUCCUCUCUGUAGAAGUAAGUCGUUUCAACUUCUCCCCUUCUCUUUUUGCAGAAGUUUCUAUUUUCUCCCCCGCUUUUUUUGCAGAAGCAAGUUCUGCCUCUACCGCUCGUUUUCCCUCCCCUGGCCUCACCCCUCCCUCUGUUCCUCUUUUAGCGGAAGCAAGUUUUUCUACCUCCUUCUCUUAUACAAAAGUGUCUGUUCUCUCUCCGCCACUCUGUCGGUAGCGUUCGCGUCGACUGGUCAGAGUCCGCGAGCUGUUCUCUCCGUUCAUCUCUCCUUCCGUAUCAUCCCUCCAUCUCAGGGAACUACAGAAGCCUCUCAUUAGCUCAUCUCACUUUCUGGUUCUGCAUUGUCCCGAUUGGCCAUGGCUUACCACAGCUUCCUGCUCGAGCCAAUCAGCUGCCACUCCUGGAACAAGGACCGGACCCAGAUUGCUCUGUGCCCCAACAACCAUGAUGUCCACAUCUAUAAGAAGGAUGGGACCAAGUGGACCAAGAUACAUGAACUGAAGGAGCACAACGGCCAGGUCACAGGUAUAGACUGGGCUCCAGACAGUAACCGUAUCGUGACCUGUGGGACGGAUCGUAACGCGUAUGUCUGGUCUCUGAAGGGGGAGGUGUGGAAGCCCACCCUGGUCAUCCUCCGUAUCAACCGCGCUGCCCGCUGUGUCAGCUGGUCUCCCCGGGAGAACAAGUUCGCUGUGGGCAGCGGAUCACGCCUCAUAUCCAUCUGCUACUUCGAACAGGAGAAUGACUGGUGGGUCUGUAAGCACAUCAAGAAGCCAAUCCGUUCCACCGUCCUCAGCCUGGACUGGCAUCCUAACAACGUGCUGCUGGCAGCUGGAUCCUCUGACUUCAAAUGCAGGGUGUUCUCGGCCUACAUUAAGGAGGUGGAGGAGAAGCCCGGCCCCACAGUGUGGGGGUCCAAGAUGCCCUUUGGGGAGGUGCUGUUUGAGUCUGGGCCCCCAGCGGGGGCUGGAGAGGGGGCAGGAGGGGGAUGGGUCCACGGGGUCUGUUUCUCCCACAGCGGGAACCGCCUGGCCUGGACGUCACAUGACUCUACUGUGGCGAUCGCAGAGGGAGGCAAGACCAGCACGAUCAGCAGUCUGAGCUCUGAAACCCUUCCUCUGCUGUGUGUCAGCUUUAUCACUGAAAACAGCCUGGUGGCCGCUGGCCAUGACUGCUACCCGGUGCUGUUUGUGUAUGAUGGUGCUAAGAGCUCAGUAACGUUCGGAGGGAAGCUGGACGUUCCCAAGCAGACGUCUCAGAGAGGGAUCAGCGCCAGGGAACGCUUCCAGAACCUGGACCGCCGAGCUACCUCGUCCGAGACCACAGAACAGGGACUGGAGAGUCUGCACAAGAACAGCAUCAGUCAGAUCUCUGUGCUGGAGGGAGGAAAGACGAAGUGUUCCAAGUUCUGUACCACUGGGAUGGAUGGAGGAAUGGUCAUAUGGGACGUCAAGAGUCUGGAGUCUGCCAUGAAGGAUCUCAAGAUAGUCUGAUACUAUGACAUUGACCCUCUGUCAACCAGCCGGGACAUGAAGACAUCUCACCUCUUUGCCUUUCUGCUUCUCUGCAUCUGUCUGUCUCUGCUGCUGUUGAAGACAACUCCUUUCUGUCUGUCUCUGUUGAGCCUAGCAUCUGCUAGAAGCACGGCAGCCAUUUUCCAGAAUCAACUCCUCUGUCUGUCCGUAUACCUCUGCCUGUGGUUCUGCAUGCCAUGUGGACUCGGGUAAAGGAGUUGUCUGAAGCAGCACUAGGCUGUUAGCUAGAUAACAUGUAGCCUCCUCAAUCAGUGAAUAUUACUAUGACUCUGGGACCAAAGACAACAGCUCAAUCCUGUUUCUCUCCCUUCUGUCUGCAGUGUGCACUCCACCCCCCCUCGUUGUUUUAAAAAGGAUCGGAUGGUGCAGGAUAGGCAGAGUGUCGGGCAGAGUGUCGGGCAGAGUGUCGGGCAGAGUGUCGGGCAGAGUGAUGGAGGGAGUAUCUAGUCACCAUAUUACUCCAGUCCUUUUCUUUUCUAACCGUUAGAGGAGAGGGUAGGAGUUCACACUGCAGUGACAAGGGAGGAGGAACACAUUAGGGUUACAGACUGUUACUAUGACAAUGAUGUCUCUGUUCCACAUGGCACCCUAUUCCUUUAUAUAGUGCACUAGUUAGACCAGGACCCAUAGGACUCCCAUAGGACUCUGGUCAAAGUAGUGCACUAGUUAGACCAGGACCCAUAGGACUCCCAUAGGACUCUGGUCAAAGUAGUGUACUAGUUAGACCAGGACCCAUAGGACUCUGGUCAAAGUAGUGUACUAGUUAGACCAGGACCCAUAGGACUCCCAUAGGACUCUGGUUAAAAGUAGACCAGCGUAAUAGGAUACCAUUUGAGACACAUCUUAGUUUUAUUUCUAUCUUCUUUGUUUUAGAAUCCAGGAAAUGCUUGUGAGCGACGUUCUUCUGUUCCAUCAGGUGUUCUAUACUGAUAGUUGUACCUGGACAUACAGCUGUGCUCUAAUAUACGGCACGAUUCACUUUGGCUUCUGGAAUUAGUUUACAUGGAUUUUGUUUUGGUGUUCACACAUGUAUUUGUUGGAUUUACAGCACAGGACCAAGAAAAUAAUUCAUCUAAACUGAUGUUGAGAUUUUUCACUUCAAAUUA